AUGGUCCACUUGAAGCGAUAUGAUUUUCAACAGCAUUGCAGUGGUAUUGAUCAGUAUCUACGUGAACUACGUAUCAAGCGAAAUCUAAUUACUGCUGAUGUUGAAAUUAUUUGUGCUCAAAUGCAGACUGAUUUUUUGCAUAGCAGCAUCGGUGCUAUGCAUUCUAGUUACAUUCGUGUGAUGCUCAAAUGCAAUCAGACUCCACUUCGUAUUUCACUGAUCAGCUAUCAGUAUAAAGCCGUUUCAAAUGUAAUUGAUUGGAUGUAUAAUGGUGAGAUUCAAAUGGCAGUGGAAGAAUACGGAGAACAUCUAAAGAUUGUCAACAGUCUUGGUGUUGACAAACUGAAACAAAAUUUGGAAAGCACCUUGCAAAUAUUAGCUGAUCAGAAUGACUGUAUUAUCUGCUGUAUUAACAUUGCUACCGAUCCGGAGUGCUCGAUUUCUUUCAUGGUACAAGGAAUAAUUUGUAAAAAAUUCAUUGCAACUAUGCAUCUCCUCUCAGACAAUGACAUUCAAAAAUUAACUUUAAAUGCUAUCGCAGCAUUAGUUUCUUCUCCACAUAUCAAGUCAAAGGAAAAAAUUGAUACGGUCAAUUUCGCUCUGCAGUGGUUGAAAAACUCGACACAUUCACGAUUUCUUGAUGUUGUGCUCGAAUCGCUCUACAUAGAGGUACUGAGAUCAAAUCAACUAACAGCGCUGGUACAGCACCUUCGACGCCUCUAUCGAGAACUUCCCAAAAGUCUUCUGGCAUCCAUUCAUAUUUAUAUUUCUAAUAAACGGAUUGUUAUCAGCGUAUUCAUUGGUAGUAUGAGUGAAGCGGAAUCGGAGCGCAAAAAUGUGGAAAUUGGAAAAAUGAUAGAUGAUGAAGUGGAUACUUCCUACAUUGCUGAAAUCAACAAGUUACCAAAUUUCGAGGAGCUAAUUAAGAUAUAUUAUCCAAUAAGUAGUGGCAGCCAAAAGUUCACUAAUGCCCGUAUUUUCACAUUCAAAGAGUUAUCUGAGCAAAUUGUUAAUUUCUCAGGAAAAUACCGGAUCUCACAAGGACAAAAAUCCUUUCAAUAUUUUGAUAAUAUUGAAGUUUCUUUGGAUAUUCCCCGAUUAGCAGCUGCAGGAACAUUCGAUGAAAAAAAUGACAAAGGAGUUGGACGUCAUUCUCUUGGGUUACACAGACUUAGAAAUAAUAGUUGCAUACCAAAUCAGUUCUCCCCAAGAAACAGCGAUAUCAUAACAGCACUAAGUGCGGAGGAGCGAACAAUUGGACGGAAUGCUUUUAGCAGCGACAGUAUUGCCGAAAUUCAAGAGAUACAAAAUCUAUUCUCGCAUGAAUCCACCAAAAAAUCACGUGAAACGACCAGCACGCAUGCUUCUAAUCCCGAGAGUAUCACCAGAAUUAAUCAACUGCAAACACUACUAUCUAAUCGUCCAGGAACUGCUGGAUGUCAGCAAACUUCUGGUAGGAUAGGAAGAAAUUCAUCACCACCAUCCACGAAAACUAUCAAUCGAAAUUUACAUGGUGUUGAAAGUAUUACAGAUAUUGCAAACAUACCGAAUCAGUUCCAUGGCAAAAGAUACUUUACACCAAAUCUAGAUCAUUAUCUGGGCGGUCGUCGAUUUGUCUAUAAUCUGACGGAACAGAUCAGACAAGCAAAAGACAAAUUAUAUGGUGAUUUGAAAACUGUGAACCGCUAUGCAUUUGGAGAACAAAGCCUUGCUGAUAUUCGUGAGAUAAAAAGCCAGUUCUCCCCGAUAUAUAAUGAAAAAAAUCCAUCCGAAGCUUCCACAAGUAGCCCAUACAGAACGGAAAGUUUAGCAGAUAUGAAGGCCAUUCCAGAUUCAUUUUCUCCGAAAGGAACAGCCGCAACACAACCUUAUGCUCGUUACACCACUUCUGAAAUUAAGGAUAUUAAUGCAUAUCCGGAAUUUAUUCGUGAAGAUCAAGUGAUUGGUAAGAAGACGUUUACUCGUGAAGAAUAUGAAGAGUUGCGCGGGAUUCCAUCGAUUACUGACAAAGAGCCGAGAAAAUCCCCCAUUAUUAAUCGAUACGAACUGCCGGAUGAUGAAAAGAGUGAUAUCAAAAAUUUGCCAGAUAUCGUCGAUUCGCAAUACGCAAUCGGACGCGGUAUAUAUUCCGAAGAAGAAAUUCAGGAAAUCAAGGCACUUCCGGACAUUCAUUCAUAUUCUUCUGUAUCGGAUUCCAAACUGUCAACACCACGUAAUAUUUGCAAUCUUCAUACCAGCGCUAUGAGAAGUUCCGGUUCGCUAUCGGCAUCUGUUGCGCCGGAUAUGCGCUGUAUGAUUUCCGUAUUAUUCUGUUCUGCUCGAAAUUUCUUAUUCCCUGAAUUAAAACUGUAA